AGCGAGGAAAACAAACGUGACAUGCGGAAGACCCUGAACAGCGCACAGACCUUUGACUCCUUCAGGAUAUGACAGGAAAAACGACUUUCUCUCUGUCAUGCGAACACUCUGGAAAACACUGUCGGAACAUGACAUCAAACUUACCAAUCAGCCCCAAUUAUAGCCAGCUGGACGAAAACAUAUCUGAAAACAAAACUGCAAAAGGGCAGUACAUAUUCUUAUUGAUUCUGACUUUAAUAUUAAGCACGGAGACGUUUAUCACGGCUUUCCUUCUUUAUGACUUCUCCGAGGAUAUUCAAAGAACUCGUGAAACUGGCAAAGAUGGAGGGUAUCCAAUCCACUGUCUCUCCACAGAUCUUACUCAACCGACAAAUCAAGCAGGUUUCGCAAGCUGUGACUUGUUCAAUCAAGAACUGAAACAAACCGCACAGCAGAGGCUGUUGAUGGACAUACAGAAUUAUGUACUGGAAACAUUAGGAGAACAUAACGUCACUGAGAUUUUCAAACCAGCUGUGCACGUCGGGGCAAAACAAGAGCUUAAACAAUAUCAAAGGCUGCAGAAAGAUGACGGAGUUCGUGCACUGGAUCGCAUACAGUGGGACAACAUGAACGGCCAGUUCAGUCAGGAAGGGUUAAUGCGCCUGAGUUCCGAUGGAGAAAUAGCGGUGCCACACGACGGCAUUUACUUUGUUUUCUCUCAGGUUAAUUUCGAAACACAAUUAGGAAAGAUUAUGCACUUUACGCAGUACUUAUACAAGACGACAGCAUCCUAUCCACUACCAGUGAUGCUCGCUAAAUCUGUAGUGACUCCCUGCGUGAGCAUAAACUCGAAUGCACAGCUUUAUUCCAGUCAUCAGGGGGCGCUGUUUCGCUUGGAAAAGGGCGAUAGGCUCUCCUUGUACGUGCUGAAUAUAAGCGCCGUUCGCUUCCCACAGGAAGCUACUUACUUCGGUGCUUUCAUGAUUAACUAAGCAAAACAGCAGCAUUUUGUUUCAUUGAUUUCUUCAUUGAGAGAUGUUAUAUUUGUAUUUUUUCCCCCCAGAUAUAUAUUAAUACAAUGUAUGUCUACUGAGAUGAUAAUGUUUAUCCACAUCAAUACUAAAUAUGUGUUGUUGUUGUGCAGUUUAAACAAAUAAAAUACUAAAUAAUAAAA